GCUGUGUUGGCUGUGUGCGAACAGUAAUUAGCGGUAUUAGCGAUAAGGGCGUAGAAGGAAGGCACCGUUAUUGUCGACUUGAUUAUUCUAGCACGAAAGCAAAGCGACUGUCAAGGAGUGUCGCCGCACAAUCUCCUAAUGCCUCGAAAGCGCAAGAUCCCGCCUUCGAAUAAACCCGUCGAAUUCAAGCAAGAGGAACAGUCGGAAAACCAGAAAGUCGAACAAUUUUUUGACAUCGGUAACUCUAGAAAUCUCUUCGGGUCCAAUAUCUUCUCUAAAGAUGCCAUGCGGGCGGUGGAGAACCGCCUCAAACAGUCGCCAGGAAACCAGAGUACUGCGCUUGCCAGCAAAUGUACACCAAAGACAAAGUGUGUGACCGAGAAGCCGGCUGAGGUUGAUGAAGAGUGUGUCAUCCUGUCCCAAGGUAGCACAACCAGUACUUCCAGUGAGAAGUCUCUUAGGAGAAGUCCGAGAAAGCGGAUCAGGCAACUGAGGUCUCCCUCUCCUGUGGUUCCCUCAAAAGAGACAUCGCAAAUUCUGCAGAGAUUGGAAAUGUUGGAGAGAGUAACGUGUCAAGACAUUAUCCUCUCAGACGAUGACUCGACGGACAGCUUGGUGUGUUUAGAUGAAAGCCCUGUAUCACUGCCAGAAGAAGAUGAUGACCUGAUUCUCAUGGUGCAGUGCCAGUCCAGGAUGCUGAAGUACUCCAUACCUCAAGACAAACCUUUUGCCGAAAUCUUGGAGAAGCUGGCUCAAGAGUGCGGAGUGGAAGCAUCUCAGGUGAUGCUGUUGGCAAAGGAGCAGCCUGUGCAGCCUGAGGACACACCACAGAGCCUUGCCUUGUCAUCAGCUGAUAUCCUAGACUGCAUCAUAAGGAAGUACGCAGGUCCUUCAAGCAAGGCAGCAAAUAACAUCACAUUGAGGUUCCAGUGUGCCAACAAACGCAGCACAGAGAGCAUUGAAGUAGCCCUGGACGAGCCUUUGCAAAAGGGGGCCAAGAUGUUUGCCGAGAAACUUGGUCUUCCAUUUUCCAAGCUUGUUUACAAGUUUGAUGGGGAGAAAGUGCAGCUUCGCAGCACCCCAGAAGAGCUGGGCAUCGAGGACGGCGAUUGCGUCGACGUUUCUAUUCGAUCUUGAAGCCAAAUGGUU